AUGUCGAAUACACGGCCACAUAAAGAUGAAUUGGCGUCUAACAAAGGCCGCAAUUUACUUACCGAGUUAGAAAUGCUAGGAGAAAGAAUGCAAGCGAAUUCGGAAUUACAACUACGAUCAUCUAAAGCAUUUCGUACUGGAAACUUCACUUAUGAACCGGUGAAAGAUGAUCGUACAUUAAAUGUGAAAAAAGGCAAUAAUGAACACAAUAAAAACAAUAAUACAUCUGAUGUAUCAAUGGUGAGUGGAAGAAGUAGGCAAACCACAAAGAUAAAGUACACGCCCGAACGGUUGCGACAAAUAUCAUCAGAAAAUAUACGAGUUCCCGACCUCAAGCUUCGGGACAAUGAUUCAUUUAAACCAGUAUUUAAGGAAAAACGUAGCAUGGAGCAUCAUUCGGGAAAACGAUGGUCCUUUGGAUCCCACAGUGCAAAAAAAUGGAUUCCAGCGUCGGAAUUUAAGAGAAAUGAGAAGAAAAGUCAUCAUGAUGAAGAAGAAGAUGAGGAAAUUCCAGAGUGGGCUGAUGAAACUGACUUUACAAUAGAUAAGGAUCUAUCCGUAUACUCGGCAUUCAAUCAAACGGCUUUUAAUAGUAGCCCAAUGCAUAACAGAGAACCCCAAAUCAAGAAGAAUAAGAAGAUUGGUGGGGCCUCAUCUGUUUCAGAUGUUGAUAACUUUUUUUCAUCGGGUGGUGAGCAGAAAAGUACAAAUUCAACAACUAGUCACACACCAUCACAGAAUUCGAAGUUUUCGACAUUGUUCACGGCUAGAAAACAAGCUCAGAAACUGGUACCUGGAGAUGCAGCUCCAAGGUUUCCGCCCGGCCUUGCUUCUUCAGCAGUGAAUAGUGAUUCUUCAGCCUUAAGAAUAAAUCAGCCCGAAAGCGACGCAUAUAUUGCUUCAGCAAGAGAGGAGAUGUACCCCGUGGUAUCCUCACAACAAUUAGCUGGUAAUUCUUCAAAUAUUGAGAACUCGAUCAAAGGACAGGGUAAUCAACAGGGUGUUGCAAUUCGUACUCCGGAUUAUGCAAAAGUUCAACGAAACCAGUCUCAACAACCAUAUAUUCCAAUGCAAAUGCCAACACCAGAUAUUCCACCAGGAUUGAAUGUUGCUUUUCAAAUGCCGCAGCAUAAUAUACAACCACAAAUACAGCAACAAGUACCCCUACAGAUGUCUCAACAAAUACCUCCGAAAUUACCUCCUCCUCCUCCAGAGAUGUUAGAAUUAAUCAGACAGGGAAAAUUGCCGCCGUUAGCAGGCUACCCUAUGGAGCCCCAACAAAAUCAGCAAAAUAUACAUGUUGAACCGCCCAGGUCUGUACAACUACCAUCACCUGAUAGAUUACCACCAGAACUACAGGCCGUUUAUUUUGACAUACAGGCUAAGUUGCUUGAAUGUCAAAGAAGAUCCAUAAUGCCUCCGCCGCAGUUGUUACAGCAGAUGCAGCAGUUUCAGUAUGUUGUUCAGCAACAUUUUACGAUGACGGGAAAUCAUAGUUGA